AUGCUGAGACGAGGGAGACUCUCCAUUGCUCGCUAUUUGUCGAUGGGUAAACCACAUGAAGUUCAAUGGAGGAUGAAGAGAUUCUGGACAUUGCCUUCACCAUCAUCUCCGACCAUCAUUCCUACCAUCGAAACAACGUGCUUUAGUGAUGAUCAGCACUACGACACUUUUGGUUCGAAUGAGCAUUUUCAACAACAACAGCAACGAUUCUACCACUCGGAUUCAACAACCACAACAACCACAGCACCACUCUCUCAAGAAACAACCACUCAUCAUUUAUUGAAAGUUUUUGAAUUUGGAUUAGGAAAAGAAAAUGUACAAUCUCUUCCAGAAUAUUUCAUGAAAUUUCACACAGGUCAACGAGUCGACUCAACACCAUUAAUUGCAAGAGGUCAUUUAAUUGUAACUCGUGGCUCGAAUUGGUUCACUCGGAUAUUGGCCACAAUUGGAGGCUUGCCAAAAGAGAAUUUAAAAGGAGCACUCGUCAUGGUGACUGUCGAUGAUGAGGAACACGGUGGAAUGUGGAAGAGAACCUUUGAUGGACAAGAAAUGAAUUCAAAAUGGGACAUUCAGAGAGGUUGUGAUGAUGAUGGUACUAGUAAAAAAGAUCAUUCCUAUGUGGUGGAGAGUUUUGUACCUUUUUCAUUUGGAUUUGAGUUGAUACCAAUUUAUGGAAGACUGGAAGAAGAACAUCACGACACAAGUAGUGAACAAGUGAUUGGAUUUGAACAUGCUUUUCGGAAAAUGUGGAUGUUCAAUAUUCCUGUACCAAAAAUGUUUGCAUUGGAUCCUUCUGGAAAAUCUGUUUGUGUGAAUUCGAGGUCCUGGCACGUUGAAGUGAACAUUUCAAAUCCAUUGCUUGGUCGUAUUUGUUCCUAUCGAGGAAUCAUGACUGCUGAAAAAAAGUCAUGA